AUGGAAAAUAGAAAGGCGAGGCCACAAGAGAAAGUAAACUGUCCAAGAUGCAACUCAACGAACACAAAGUUUUGUUAUUACAACAACUACAGUCUCACGCAACCAAGAUACUUCUGCAAAGGUUGUAGAAGGUAUUGGACCGAAGGUGGCUCUCUUCGUAACGUCCCUGUCGGAGGCAGCUCAAGAAAGAACAAGAGAUCCUCAACACCAUUAGCUUCACCUGCCAAUCCCAAGCUUCCAGAUCUAAACCCACCGAUUCUUUUCUCAAGCCAGAUCCCUAAUAAGUCUCCAAAAGAUCUCAACUUGUUGUCUUUCCCUGUCAUGCAAGAUCAUCAUCAUGGUAUGUCUCAGUUUCUUCAUAUGCCAAAGAUGGAGAACAACAAUACUUCAUCCUCAGUCUAUGCUUCAUCAUCUCCUGUCUCAGCUCUUGAGCUUUUAAGAUCCAAUGGAGUCUCUUCAAGAGGCAUGAAUACGUUCUUGCCUGGUCAAAUGAUGGAUUCAAACUCACUUCUUUACUCAUCUUUAGGGUUUCCAACAAUGGCUGAUUACAAGCAGGGUAACAAUAACCUAUCAUUCUCCAUCGAUCAUCAUCAAGGGAAUAAUGGACAUAACACCAUCAACAGUAACCAAAGAGCUGAAGAGAAUAAUGAUGACAUGAAUGGAGCAAGUAGGGUUUUGUUCCCUUUUUCAGACAUGAAAGAGCUUUCAAGCACAACCCAAGAGAAGAGUCAAGGUAAUAAUACAUACUGGAAUGGGAUGUUCAGUAACACAGGAGGAUCUUCAUGGUGA